CCACAUCCACCACCAUGGCCGACGAGCUCGACGUAACUAUGUCUUCCCCCUCCCGCGCCAGAAACGGGGGUAACGCAUCCACGACCCCGAAGGCGCAGACGAUCUGGCCGGUGCAUAUCGAAGUCAGAGUGGCGCCGACUGCCACGGCGCGUUUCGAUACGAUCCGCAACCUCGUCCAGAACUAUCUGACGACGUCCCUCUCGCAUGUUUAUCUGCCUUCCACCCUGACAGGAUGGGAAGACCACCCCGUCCUAUCGGCCUCUGUCGAGCGAAUUGUGGCUGCUGAGCCACCGGCAUCGCUUCUUGCUUCCUCUGUGUCCCCUUCUCUUCCAAUCGAAGAUUGCGCUCUGCAAAUACACGUUUACCAGCCCAGUGACACGGACGCCUUCGAGGAGUUCGAUGGCGGGGGGAGAGGCGGCGAAGGAGAGGAGGUGAUGGCUGCUAGUGUGUGCGAGCUGCCUAGCCGAGGCUGGGAAGGGCUCUGGGAUAGCUUAAUAUAUGAGGGGGACGUCAAGGGACGGUUGCUGGACUACAUCUAUGCGACGGUAGUCUUCAGCGAUGCUGAUGUUGACUUCAAUGUCGUCUCCUGGAAUCGUGUCGUGCUACUUCACGGCCCACCAGGAACGGGCAAGACCUCAUUAUGCCGUGCACUCGCACAAAAGCUUUCGAUACGCCUCUCACAUCGAUAUCCACAUUCCCGCCUCCUAGAAAUCAAUUCACAUUCCCUGUUCUCCCGCUGGUUCUCCGAGAGUGGUAAGCUCGUGCAGAGACUUUUCAGCACCAUCAUGGAGAUGGUGGAGGACGAGGAGACCUUUGUUGUUGUACUCAUUGACGAGGUUGAGUCGUUAACAGCGGCGCGGGCUGGUGCAAUGGCCGGCACUGAGCCCUCAGACGUAACCACUCGACACAGGGUUAUUAACUUGCUGCCGCGAUUUCAGGUCGUCAACGCUCUCCUGACCCAACUAGACAAACUCAAACACCGCAAGAACGUUCUGAUCAUGUCCACGAGCAACCUUGCAAAAGCAAUCGACUCGGCAUUCGUGGAUCGCGCGGACAUCAUCCAAUACAUCGACCUCCCGCCGCGCGAAGCCAUCUACGACAUCCUCCGGAGCUGCCUUUCCGAGCUCGUGCACAAGGGCAUCGUGUGCGACGCUGACGUUCCCACUCUCACGCAAGCCCAGAUGUACGAGCGCACGUCCGCGUACUUGUCCCCACAGCCACAGGCGGAUGGGGAAAGCCACGACGAAGAGGUCAGCAAGAAAGACCGAAAUAAGGUCGUCGGCCUGAGGCUGCUGAAGCUCGCAGAGCGCUGUCGGGAGCAGGGCAUGUCAGGACGCGCUCUCCGCCGCCUCCCCGUCCUCGCCCACGCGCGGUACAUCGGCAUCGGCAUCAACCACCUCGCGAUCCCCAACGGGAUCAACGGGCACUCCAAGAAAAUGAACGGCGUCCACAAGAGCGGAGGAACCGACGUAGAGAUGUGGCUCGACGCGAUGGAGAAGGUAGUAGACAACCAUGCGCUCGAGAAGGGGAGGUUUGGACAAUAAGGGGUGCUUUCUUUCUCAUUGAUCAUUGCUACAUCGUAUCUCCCACUCUCACCGGACCUGGCACUAGCAUCGCAUACACACUCAAGGACCCGAGUGCUCGGGCUGCACCAUUGUAGAAGGAAGCUUGUAUCUAUUGCAUUAGUCGAUACUAGAGUACAUCUAUUACGGGGGAUGGAUAUAUACAUAAUCUCGCUAAAGGAAGACUGGACGCGGUCAGCGCUUCAUAGGGGCCACACUGAGAAUGGUCGACUACAAGUGCAGGUCUGCGGCAUGAUCACACGAGGAUGAAACAUCUAUGGAUAUGCCAGUCAGUUUCAGAACUGACAACUCCCCACGAUAGACCACCUACUCCCUCUUCGGUCG